CGAAUUGUAGUUUAAAUCUUGUAGUGCGGUAAGAUCGCGCGGAUCUUGCAGUUCAUAAAAACAAAAAAAAAAAUAAGAAAAAGAAAAAAAAACUACUUUAUGUUGAGACAUACACUGUGAACGCCUUUACAUUUUUUUUUUUCAUUUGGAUUAUCAUUUGAUAGCUAUUUUGGAAUAUUAUAGAGUUUUUAUAAGAAAAGAAAAAAUAAUUAAUUUGUUUAUGUGCAAUACUCACAAUAUAUAUAACACAAUAAAAUUUUAACAAAUUUAAAUAAAAAAAAAUUAUAUCGGAAUGAUAAUAUAAAAAAUUAAAUUAAUAAAAAUCAAAAAAAAAAAUUAAAUAAAAAAUUAUAUAAGUAUAUAAUUUGAACAAAUAUAUAUAUACAUAUAAGUAUAUAUAUAUUUUAAAAACAGAAAUAAUAGAAAAAUAAAUAGUUGUAUAAUAAAAUGAAAAAACUGAAGUGGAUAAAUUCACAGCAAAUACUAUUAAGUAUUUUAGUAAUAUUAGGAUGUCAAAAUAAAUAUGGAAUUAAUGCAAAUGAGAAUACACAUUUUUUACCAGCUUUAGCAUGCUAUGAUACAUACGGUCGCCCACAGAAAUGUAUACCAGAAUUCGUCAAUGCUGCAUACAAUAUACGUAUGGAAUCAACGAAUACAUGUGGUGAGCAUGGAGAACGAGAAUUUUGUGUACAAACAGGAUAUUCAAAUAAAAAAAGUUGUGAUAUUUGUCGAUACCGUGAUCACGACUCAAUUUAUUUAACUGAUAUACAUGAUCCACAAAAUCCAACAUGGUGGCAAUCAGAAACAAUGUUUGAAGGUGUUCAACAUCCUAAUCAAGUGAAUUUAACAUUGAGAUUUGGUAAGACUUAUGAUAUCACUUACAUUCGGAUUGUUUUCCGUUCCCCUCGGCCGGAAUCAUUUGCAAUAUAUAAACGUGUUUCACAUAAUGGACCAUGGAUACCAUAUCAAUUCUACAGUGCUACAUGUCGUGAUACAUAUGGGUUACCAGAUGGUUCAUCGAUACAACGUGGUGAAGAUGAAUCAAGAGCAUUAUGUACAAGCGAAUAUAGUGAUAUUUCACCAUUAAGGGAUGGUAAUAUUGCAUUUUCAACAUUAGAAGGUAGACCAAGCGCAAUAAAUUUCGAAAAUAGUUUAACAUUACAGAAUUGGGUAACAGCUACAGAUAUCAAAAUUACUCUAGAUCGUUUGAAUACAUUCGGAGAUGAAGUAUUCUUUGAUGCUCAAGUUUUAAAAUCAUAUUUUUAUGCAAUAUCUGAUAUUGCUGUUGGUGCACGUUGUAAAUGUAAUGGACAUGCAAGUAAUUGUGUUGUAAGUACCGGUUUAAAUGGUGAACAUACAAAAGUAUGUGAAUGUAAACAUAACACAGAUGGACCUGAUUGUGAAAGAUGUCUUCCAGCAUUUAAUGACCAAGAAUGGAAACGUGCAACAUCUAAAAAUGUUAAUGAAUGUAAACCUUGUAAUUGCAAUGGAAAAUCCGAAAAAUGUUUCUUUGAUCGUGCUCUAUUCAAUUUAACGGGGCAUGGAGGUCAUUGUAUUGAUUGUAGAGAUAAUCGUGAUGGUCCACAUUGUGAAAGAUGUAAAGAAAAUUUUUAUAUGAGAGAAGAUGGUUAUUGUAUACAUUGUGGUUGUGAUCCAAUUGGUUCACGCUCAUUACAAUGUAAUACAGAGGGUAAAUGUCAAUGUAAACCUGGUGUUACUGGUGAAAAAUGUGAUCGUUGUGAUAGCAAUUAUUAUCAAUUUAGUAUACACGGUUGUCAACCAUGUGGUUGUGAUCCAAGAGGUUCAUUAGAUAAUAAACCAUACUGUGACCCAAAUACUGGACAUUGUUUAUGUAAAGAAAAUGUUGAGGGAGAACAAUGUAAAGAAUGCAAGCCUGGUUACUUCAAUUUAAAUUCUGAUAAUCGUUUUGGAUGUACACCAUGCUUCUGUUAUGGACAUACAUCACAAUGUCAUAGUGCACAUGGCUACUCAGCAAUAUCAAUUAUAUCUAGCUUCAAUAAAGGAAAUGAAAGAUGGACAGCAACAGAUAAUUAUAAUAGACGGGUUGACUUAAAAUAUAAUCAAUAUAGUCAUAGUAUUGUUACUAUAGCUAAUGGUAAUGAUUAUGUUUACUUCAAUGCAUCCGAUCGAUUCCUGGGCAAUCAAAGAGCAUCAUAUAAUCAUUUAUUGAAAUUCCAGUUACAUCUAGUAGGUCAAAUAAGUCCAAAUCCAUCAUCAUAUGAUGUAAUUUUAGAAGGUUCAGGUUCAAAAAUAGCAUUACCAAUUUUUGCACAAGGAAAUCCAUUACCUGAUCAAAACAAACGUGAAUAUAAGUUUAGACUACAUGAGCAUCCGGAUUAUCAAUGGCAACCAAGUCAAUCAGCACGUAGUUUUAUGUCAAUUUUGAGUAAUUUAACUGCAAUUCGUAUUAGAGCAAGUUAUUCUGUUCAAGGUGAAGCUAUUUUGGAUGAUGUUGAAUUAGAAACAGCACAUCUUGGUGUUGCUGGAAAACCUGCUACCUGGAUUGAAUAUUGUACUUGUCCUGAAGGUUAUUUAGGAAAUUUCUGUGAAUCAUGUGCACCUGGUUAUAGACAUAGUCCUGCUAGAGGUGGUCCUUUUAGUCCUUGUAUUCCAUGUGAUUGUCAUAAACAUGCUGAAAUUUGUGAUUCUGAAACUGGAAGAUGUAUAUGUCAACAUAACACAGCUGGAGAGUCUUGCGAUCAAUGUGCUCGCGGUUAUUAUGGUAAUGCAUUAGUUGGAACGCAAUGGGAUUGUAAAAAAUGUCCUUGUCCUAAUGAUGGAGCAUGUUUACAAAUGCCUGAUGACACUGUAAUAUGUUUAGAAUGUCCAAUGGGUUAUUUCGGUGCCCGUUGUGAAUUAUGUUCAGAUGGUUAUUAUGGUGAUCCAAAUGGUUUAAUUGGAGAAGUAAGAGACUGUAAGUCAUGCGAUUGUAAUGGAAACGUUGACCCAAAUGCUGUAGGAAACUGUAACAGAACAACUGGUCAAUGUUUGAAAUGUAUUUAUAACACAGAUGGAGAUCAUUGUGAUCAAUGUUUACCUGGGCAUUUUGGAGAUCCUCUUGAUUUACCGCAUGGCCACUGUGAACAAUGUAAUUGUGUUCCAGCUGGAACCGAACAAACUGAAGAUGGCAUAUCAAUAUGUGAUCAAUUAACUGGAAAUUGUCGUUGUAAACCAAAUGUUUUUGGACGUGAUUGCAAUGAAUGUGAGCCAGGAUAUUUCAAUUUGGUAUCAGGCAACGGUUGUGAAAGUUGUAAUUGUAAUCCAAUCGGCAGUUAUAAUUCAUCAUGUGAUUUAUUCUCAGGACAAUGCUUCUGUAAACCGGGAGUUACAGGAGAACAUUGUGACCAGUGCGCAACAUAUUACUACGGAUUUUCGAAUGAAGGUUGUCUUGCUUGUGACUGUGACCAAAGUGGUUCUAAAGGAUAUCAGUGUGAUCAAUAUGGCCAAUGUCCUUGUAAUGACAAUGUUGAAGGCCGUCGAUGUGACAGAUGUAAAGAAAAUAAAUAUGAUCGUCACCAAGGUUGUUUAGAUUGUCCAGCUUGCUACAAUUUGGUUAAAGAUGCAGCGGACGACCAUAGAGCGAAAUUAAGAAGUCUAAGUGAAACAUUAGAUAAUAUAGCAAAAUCACCUGUAACAAAUGACGAUGAAUUUGAAUUGAAAUUAAAAGAUGUCCAGCAAAAAGUUAAUAUUCUCUUAGAUGACGCAAAAGCUGGAGCUGGUGGAGGUGAUAAAUCGCUCAUUGAAAAAUUAAAUGAUUUACACGAGCUAUUGGAUAACAUACAAAUAAUGCUUGAUAAUUCCAAACCUUUGCAAGUGUCAGCAAAUUUAGAAAUUGAAAAAGUUGCGAAAAAUAUUACUUUAGCCGAUAACAUUUAUCAAAACGCUAAGAAUGAGCUGGCUAUUGCUCUUGAACUUUUAAACAACGAAGGUGAAACGGCAUUGCAAAAAGCUAGAGACAAAGCGAAUAAAUUUGGUGAACAAUCGGAACAAAUCAGUGAAAUAUCAAGAGAAGCAAGAGCAAUCGCUGACGAGUUGGAAUCACAGGCAGAAUUAGAUUUAAAGAAUGCAACAGAUGCUCAUGCAGCGGCACAAAAAGCUUACGACUUGGCUAAAAAUGCAAUCAAUUUGCAAAAAAAUAUUAGCGAUGAACUAAGAACAGACAUGCGCUUAGAGCUCGAUUCAUUAAAAGCGUCAUUAGGUUCAACUUCACAAUUGACGAAGGAAGCAUUACGAAAAGCAAGUGAAUCGUUUGAUGCUGCAUUAGAAUUGUUUACCAAUGUGAACAGAAUGGAAAUUCCUGAAAUAAAUACGCAACAUUUAAAAGAUCUAGCUGCGGAUGCACAUCAGCAAGCAAUUUUGUUACAAAAUAAAGUUGAAGGUGCUUCUAAUGAAAAUGAUUUGAUUCUAAUUGAGGCUGAUGAAGAAAAUGCAUUAGCUAGAACGCUCAUUGAAAGAGGCCGAAUACAAAAACAGGAUGAUAUUGAUUUAUAUAAUGAAGCUAAGAGUGCAUAUGAUCAUGCAGUUAAAGCUGUAGCACAAGGCGAUAGCACUUUAAAAGAAGCAAAUGCCACUUAUUAUACUCUUGCAGAUUUCCAAGCUGAUGUUCAAAAAUCGUCUGAAAAUGCACAAUUAGCUUUAAAAACGGUCCCCGGAAUUGAAAAUGAAAUUAAAAUCGCUGAAGGUAUGAUUCGUGAUGCUGAAAUGGCUCUUUCUGGUGCUUUAGGAAAUGCAAAUGAAGCCAGAAAGAAUGCUCAAGAAGCACAAGAAAAGUUUGCUGAACAAGCUUCCAAGGAUGCUGAAAAUAUUCGUAAAAAAGCUACUGAAACUAAACAAAAAGCUAAACAAUUACGUGAAGAAGCUGAUCAAUUAAAUCAUCGUGUUUUAAUAACUGAACAAGAAGCCAGACAAUCUGAAGAAAGUACAAAAAAAGAUAGCAAUUUAUUAGCUGAUGCAUCUCGAAAGGUUGGAGAAGCUAACACAGGAACUUUAGAAGCUAGAGAUCAAGCACUGAAAGCUGUAACAGAAAUUAAUUCUAUAAUGGAAAUUUUAAAUAAUUUAAAGGAUAUUAAUGUUGAUGAAUUAGACUCAUUAGAAAAACGUUUAAAUGUCGCUGAACGUGAACUUAACAAAGCAAAUUUAACUGAACGUAUUAAUAAAUUGACAGAAAACCGCAAUUCACAAAAUAAAUGGAUUGCAAAAUAUGAAAGAGAAGUAAAUCAGUUACGUGCUGAAGUCAAUAAUAUUGAGGCGAUAUCCGCAGCAUUACCAGAUGAUUGUUUUAAAAAUAAUAAAUUAGAACCAUAGAUGAUAAAAUAAAGAAUUAAAUUAAAAUAUUAAGAAAAAUUUAUUAAUUAUAAAACUUUGAAAUCCAAACAAGAGAAAAAAAUUUUAAAUUAAAAACCAAAAUUACUUAAGCAUUUGAAUUUCGAAAAUUUUACGAAUAUAUUUUCGAAUAUUUUUUUUUUUUUUAUUAUUUUUAAAUUUAUUUUAUACAAUAUUAUAUAUAUAUAUAUGUAGAUGCAAAUGAUAUAUAUAAAUGUAGUUGCUUAUUUUUUCGUUUAUAAUUAUAUAAUUAUGUAGUUUAAU